AGGAGCCGCAGCCAGUGCGGGGCGGGCAGGCGGCGGGGCGGGAGGAGCAGCCGGGCUCGGCUCGGCUCGGCCCGGCCCAGCUCGGCUCGGCUCGGCUCGGCCCGGCAUGGCCAAGCACCAUCGCACCCCGGCGCGGAGCCCGGAGCCCGUCAUCGAGGUCAAGAGCAAGUUUGACGCCGAGUUCCGCCGCUUUGCCGUGAAGCGCUCCAGCGUGGGCGGCUUCCAGGAAUUCUACCAGCUGAUCCAGACGGUCCAUCAGAUCCCCUGCGUGGAUGUGUUGUUGGGGUACACGGACGUUCACGGGGACUUGCUGCCCAUCAACAAUGACGAUAACUACCACAAAGCUCUCUCCUCCGCUAGCCCACUGCUCAGGAUCAUCAUCCAGAAGAGGGCAGAAGCCGACUCCAGCGUCUUCACCUCCAACUCCCUGCAGCGGAAGAAGAAGGGGCUGCUGCGGCCAGCGCACCACCGGGCCAAGCCACAGCUGCUGAUCGGCCUGCCCCAGGACUUCCGGCAGAUCUCCUCCAUCAUCGAUGUGGACAUCCUGCCCGAGACGCACCGGCGCGUCCGGCUGCACAAGCACGGCUCCGACAAGCCGCUGGGCUUCUACAUCCGCGACGGCAUCAGCGUGCGUGUGGCCCCCCAGGGCGUCGAGAAGGUGCCCGGCAUCUUCAUCUCCCGCCUGGUGAAGGGUGGGCUGGCCGAGAGCACUGGGCUGCUGGCCGUCAGUGACGAGAUCCUGGAGGUGAACGGCAUCGACGUGGCCGGCAAGUCGCUGGACCAGGUGACGGACAUGAUGGUGGCCAACAGCCACAACCUCAUCGUCACCGUCAAGCCGGCCAACCAGCGCAACAAUGUCAUCCGCAGCAGCAAGGCCUCAGGCAGCUCGGGCGUCUCGACGGACAGCACGCCCAGCCCCGCCUCCCACUACCUGAACCAUUACAGCACGGCCGAGGGCGAGAGCGACGAGGAGGGGGACCUGGUCAUCGAGAGCGAUGGCGCCGCCCGCUGCCCCAACGGCGGCCUCCUGGACAAGAGCUGCCAGCAGAGCCUGGCGCUGCCCAGCUCCCUGCACUCUUUGGGCAGUGCCAGUGGAAGCCGCGGGGGCGGUCUGCGGGAGGAUGGCACGCUCCUCACCCUAUAGAGGAACCACCUGGGUGGCAGGCCUGGGGGCUGCCCGCCUGCCCUCCCCUCUCGCUGGCAUGGGAGCGGUGGCCAGCCGGGCCCUGCCCCAGCCAGUCUCCUCCUCUGGGCGCCCUGUCCCCGCCACAGGAAGGGUGGCAGCCGGGAGUGGAGACGUGAGCGCUGAGCCCUUCCCCUCCCCCAGCUGUGGGGCUCCCCCACCCUCGUGGGGAACCAAAUGACUAGACACUGCCCCUCUCGGACCCACCCCCCCCGCCCCUUUCCUUCCAAUCAAGUGGGUUUUUUAAAUUGUUUUAUGAAAAUAUGCAUCAUAAAUUAAUAUAUUGCGAUGGGCCAUUAAACCUUUUCUAGAAAGCG